CAUACAUAUACCAUGCAUCUUAGUGAUCUCAGAUAUACUGGGUGCCUACUUGUGGUAGCACUCCUCACAUAUGCUAUCGAAUACACCUGCCGAAAGUUUCUUUUCAUUUUUCGCCUUGUUCUCUUCCUUGCAUCUUUCGCUAUAAUGACUAACCAAGGGCCCGAAACGCAACAGAUUAAGCGGUGGCUGGACACCGCCGGCAUUAAAGACAUGAAACAGCUGGCAAUGUUGAAGGACGUACCGAAAGCAGCAACGGCGGGGCUGCAGGCUCUUGCUGUACUUCUCAAUCGCGGCGGCUUGCAGGAUACCAGCGCUCAACGUAGUUAGAGGUUUUAUUCCUCGAAAAGCUCAAUGUCCGCCACGCAUCCAUCUUUGUCUCCUCCAGCACGA